AUGCAACAAAAAGAAAGGGGAGAACAACAAAGGACUGAAUUCGUGCAACCACCACAAAGAGCUGAACAAAUUGAGACAGUUGGGGAAAGAUUUAGAAAAUUAAGCCCACCAAUAGUUGAGGAUGCAUUAGAUCCAACCACAGCAGAUGAUUGGUUAAGAACUUUAGAAAACAUGUUUAGAUAUAGUAGAGUCUCAGAAGUGGAGAAAGUAGUUUGUGCAUUCUUUAUGUUGCGAGGUAGUGCUGAACACUGGUUGGAAAUGAUGAGUAGCAUUGAAGAUGUGAAUGCUAUGACUUGGGAUAGAUUUAAAGAGUUCUUUCGUAACCGCCCAUGGGAUGUCAUCCUCACAAAUGGCAGAGAAGGCAUUAGUUGCAGAACAAGCCAAGCAAAGAAUUAG